UCGUCCACCCAUUACGCGCCUACUCGUGGGAAUCACAUGGAGAAAAAAACAAAUAAACAAACAAACAACAAACAACCCGUGGAAAGCCAGUUGGGGAAACCUAAACUGGUGGACUGCAAACAGCCUGCUAUCCAACCUUCUGGUGAUAGCACGGCUGAACGCAGCGAGGAAAUCUUGUCCGUAGUGGCAAGCACCUCAUCAGCUGCACAAGCCUUAGCUGGUACGCCAGCAAAUACCCCUGCCUCGGGCACUGCGGACCAAGCAGUGACCCCCGCGACUUCUGGACAGGUUGGAUCGUCGAACUCGAUGUCGGGUCCAACUAAUGCCCCCUCAACCGCCCUCACGGCUAACGAAAACCCCCCUAGUCGCAAAGAUCCAUCUAGGAAGGCUUUUGUUCAAAGGCGUGCCGCCAUGCGUUUAGUCGAGCGACUUGGAGUUAAGUCGGUCGAUACGCUUACCCCGGACGAAAAAUCGUCCCUAGAUUGGGCUAAAGCCCUACUGGCUCAGCCGGAGUGUUCUGACCCUCCUACAACCUCAGAUGCAGCGGACCAAGCUACAUCUGCAGGGCCUAAACGGCAGCGAUCGGAGGAAGAACAUGCUCUCCAGGCAGUCCCACAGCCGAAGACUAAACGUCAGAAGCAGUUCGAGACUCGUAUAGUCAAUAGACCCUACAGCGAAGUUGCCAAAAACCCGCUGGUUAGGGCCAUUGUUGACAAGAGUGUCAACGACGGAGCUAUCUCCCAGGAUAAAUGGUUGAUAAUCCGUCAAAAAAUGCUGGAGGUGUAUUGGAAAAUUCUCAAAGAGAAUCCCGGUCCAUCUCCGCAGAAUGAUGAUGCUGGCUGGUACCAAGGUCACAUCAAACUGCUGGCGUGCACGAACGAGCGCUCAGCAAACUUGCUUAAGUUGGCGGUUACGUCUAUAGGGGAAGUGUGGCCCGGCGCGAAACUUGACGUGAUCCCGGUUAGUGAGAUACCUCGCAGACCGAGAUCAAUCACGGUUAUUCCGGCGGAACCACACGAACCAGAGGCGAUUCUGGCGUACCUUCAGAGUGGAAACCCUGACCUACCUACCCACAAUUGGAAGGUAGUCAAGGUCUCCGAACCUGAAGGUGCUAACAGAAAGGCGGUCGUGGUCCUUAAUAAGGAAUCGUUGCCGUUACUCCGAGAGAAGCAAGGCAAAGUAUACUACGGAUUUGAUAGUAUCAAGCUGCGCGUCUACCGGGGUGACGACAAACUAGACCCCAAACCGGUAAGCACGGACGGAGGAAAGGUAGACGAUACCACUAACUCUGACGACCAAAUGGACGCCCAAUCAAGUACAGACUUGAUUGGGAAUCUAUUUGAUAGCCAGGGCGAAGUGAUUGACGAAGACGAGCUUCUGAAAACAGACCCAGAAGACGCCGACGUCACAAUCGUCUACGACCCUGACCAAGAUGAAGGUGAUCCAAGUGAACCUUCACCACUCUAAAGCAGCUUCAGCUGCAUUACACCUCCACCUUGGAUAUCAAGGGGAGGAUAUAGCGUUGAUCCAAGAGCCGUGGACCCAUAACGGCAACAUACUUGGAAUCAACGUAAAAGGCUAUAAAAUACUAUACGCAAAAGGCACAGUGAUGAAGAUACAGUAACCGCAGCAUGGGAGACAGAGGAAUCCACAAUGUGGAUCCUCUCCUGCUAUAUGGCGCACGACCAGACAGACCCCCCGCCAAGUAACACGGUCGUCAGGGCAGUAAGUGCAGCAAACGGAAAACGCAUCCCUGUUAUUAUAGGCGCAGAUGCAAACGCACACCAUACACUAUGGGGUAGCACCAACAUCAACACACGAGGUAUCACAAAGGGACCAACAGGACCCAAGUGUGCGUCUUUGCAGCCUGAAUACCUAACCUAACCUAACCUA